AAGUCCAAAAAGAUGAGAUUUGUAUCCUUCAUCAACUCCUAUCAAACAUCAUGGACUUGCUGAACACAAAAAUACAAUAUAAUAAUUAAAAAAUAAAAAUUCAUACAUGCUAAAGAUUAAAAUUUUUUACUCACACUUCAACUUCCAUGAUGAUUCAGUAGUCUACAAGCUAAAGUUGCCUAAUUUACAACAUAUAUAUACCCGAUGACACACAUACAUAUCGCAAAGAUUUCACAGCAACUUCUUUCUCUCCCUUAAAAAUAAAAAAUAAAAAUGUCUUUCUCUCAAUUCCGACUUCCCAGCUAGCAUCAUCGUUCAUCUCGGUGUUUUCAUUUGGCAGAAUAUCUGUUCUUUGGAAAACACAUUCUCGUCAAUAUAAUCAUCACUUCACUUUGAUUAUAUAUUCACGAAUGAAUGAAUGAAUGCAGAGGCUGCACUCCCUUAUUCGAACUUCACCCAUUUCAUUGCCUUGUCUCAAAGCAACCCAUUGUCUAGCAAUCAAGUCAGGUUCCAUAGCAGACCUCUACAUAUCCAACAACCUCAUAACAACCUAUGCAAAAUGCGCAAACCUUCCCCUCGCUCACCAACUGUUCGACGAAAUGCCUCGCAGAGACACUGUAUCAUGGAAUGCGGUUGUUUCAGGUUACGUAAACACUGGCGACCUGGAUUCCACAUGGCAACUUUUAAAUGCCAUGAGAAUCUCCGGAUACACAUUUGACAACCACACGUUUGGGAGUAUUCUCAAAGGUGUUGCUCGAGCUCGCAGACUUGAGCUCGGGCAACAACUACAUUCGGUUAUGAUUAAGAUGAAGCUCACUGAGAAUGUAUUUUCGGGGAGUGCACUUCUUGACAUGUAUGCCAAGUGUGGUAGAGUUGAUGAGGCAUUGGUUGUGUUUCGGUACAUGCCGGAGUGCAAUUACGUUUCGUGGAACACGUUGAUUGCUGGUUAUUCACGAGUUGGUGAUCUUGAAAUGGCGUUUUGGUUGCUGAGAUGUCAGGAGUUGGAGGGUGUUGGGAUUGACGACGGCACGGUGUCUCCACUUUUGACAUUGCUCAAUGGUGUUGAGUUUUAUAGUCUGGUAAUGCAGCUGCAUUGUAAAAUUAUGAAACAUGGGUUGGAGGCCCUUAGCAUUGUCACCAAUGCCAUUAUUACGGCAUACUCAGAGUGUUGUUCUCUACAAGAUGCUGAGAGAGUGUUCGAUGGUGCUGCCACGUGUCGUGAUCUGGUUACGUGGAAUUCCAUGCUUGCUGCUUACUUGCUUCACAAGAAAGAAGAUCUAGUGUUUGAAAUUUUCAUUGACAUGCAAAGUUGUGGGUUUGAGCCUGAUGAUUAUAGUUAUACUGGUGUUAUCAGCGGUUGUUCUGUCAAAGAGCAUAAAAGCCGCAGAGAAUCUUUACAUGGGUUGGUGAUAAAAAGAGGGCUUCAGGUUUCUGUACCUAUUUCUAAUGCUUUGAUUGCCAUGUAUCUUGCAUUUGAUAAUAGGUGCGUGGAAGAUGCAUUGAGAGUCUUCUUUUCCAUGGAUGUUAAAGAUUGUUGUACGUGGAACUCGGUUUUGGCGGGGUACGUGCAGGUUGGUUGGAGUGAGGAUGCCUUGAGGUUGUUUGUGCAGGUGAGAUCUCUUUGUGUAGAAAUUGACGACUAUACCUUUUCAGCUGUCAUAAGAUGUUGUUCAGAUUUAGCAACACUGCAGCUAGGCCAACAAGUUCAUGUUUUGGCACUUAAAGUAGGCUUUGAUACCAAUAAAUAUGUCGGGAGUUCAUUGAUCUUCAUGUAUUCUAAAUGUGGUGUCAUAGAAGAUGCUAGGAAAUGUUUUGAAGCAACUUCCAAUGACAUUGCAAUUGUUUGGAACUCGAUCAUCUUUGGGUAUGCACAACACGGACAAGGAAAGAUUGCACUUGAACUCUUUUACUUAAUGAGAGAGAGAAAGGUGAAACCUGAUCAUAUAACAUUUGUUGCAGUUCUCACUGCUUGUAGUCAUAAUGGGCUAGUAGAAGAAGGCCGCAAAAUUAUACAGUCUAUGGAGUCGAAUUUUGAUAUUCCGCUAAGAAUGGAGCACUAUGCUUGUGCAGUUGAUCUCUUUGGUCGGGCUGGGCAUCUAGAGGAGGCAAAAGCUUUGGUUGAAACAAUGCCUUUUGAACCUGAUGCAAUGGUGUUGAGGACUUUAUUAGGUGCAUGUAGAAGUUGUGGUAAUAUUGAAUUAGCUAGUCAUGUGGCAAAAACGUUGCUAGAGGUGGAGCCUGAGGAUCAUAGCACUUAUGUUAUGCUCUCUGACCUGUAUGGGCGUUUGAAAAUGUGGGAUGAAAGGGCUAGUGUAACUAGGCUGAUGCGAGAGAGGGGUGUGAAAAAGGUUCCUGGUUGGAGUUGGAUAGAAGUGAAAAAUAAAGUCUAUGCAUUCAAUGCUGAAGAUCACUCUCACCCUCAGAGAGAAGAGAUAUACAAACUGCUACUACAAUUAAAGGAGGGGAUGAAGUUGUUUGAUAAUUUUUUGGGUCAAACUUUAUUACUUCAAUGUGUGAAUUUUUUAGAUGGUUAUGAUGAUCAAAAUUUCUUAUGAUUAAAGUGUAUUGUUUGUUGGGUUUGAUUGGAAGAUUUCAAGGAUGGUGCAAUAAUAAUUUUAAUUGCAAUAAUAAUUUAGAUUGCAAAGCAAAGGUAUUUAGGUCUCUGUGACUAUAUCAUGAUACAAUUACGACCACAUUUGUCUGCAUGUCUUUGUGAUGUAAUCACAAUCGUGACUGCACCAUGUCUCUUCACAAUAUGUCGACAUUAAUUUCAUAAGGAAGAAAUAUUAUUGUGCUUCCUUUCCAAAGAGAAGAUUAUUCUUGUUAUAAAGUUUUCUCUUUUCACUGCAUAUGGGAUACUUGCAAUUUCCAUAUAGGAUUGAAGGAGUUCUCAACCGGAUUUUGUGAAUAGUUCCUGAGAUUCAGAAUAGGCUAUUUGAGUUAUUUGUGAAUAACUUGGAUCUUCUUGUUCAAAAAGCUCGCAUUGAAGGUAGCCUUGACAGAGGCAUUGUUCACUUGAAAGCUAAUGUCAUUGAACUGCAAGGGAUUCCAAAGACAGUCUAUGUUGAUCAAAUGUGUGGGGCUUCAACUGUUUUGUUCACAUUCAUCUUUGAUCGUGGGGUUUCAUGGGAGUUGGCGAAUACCAUGCUGAAAGAGAAACAGAAAGCUGAGUUUGGUUCAUCUGGAGAUGGCUUCUACAAGUCCAACAGUGAGUUUAUGGGAAAACGUCAUGUUAUUUUAGCAUUUGAAAGUUCUGCUUCAGCUAUGUAUAAGAUAGUUCGUCCCACCACCGGAGAAUCACCUCGGGAUAUGCAUCUGGCAGAAUUAACUAAGAAAUAUUCAAAAGUUUCAUCUUUAGAAGCAGCCCAAAUAAGUUGGGAACACGAGUAUGAAGUUUCAUCUAAACAGUGCAUGCAUGGUCCCAAAUGUAAGAAUGGUAAAUCAUGUUCAGUUGGCUCAAGACUACAAGAAGUAAAUGUCUUAGGUGGUGUCGUUCUUCCUCUUUGGGGAAAAAUACAAACCGUUCUUUCUAAGCAGGUCAGACUAAUUCAUAGGAGGUUACACAUUGUUUGCGUUGAAACUACAUCAGAUAACAGACGUAUAGUUGGGCUUCUUGUACCUAAUGCAGCCGUUACAGCUGUGCUUGAAGGUUUAAGUACACCUUCUGUAGGUUUAACACAGGUGACAUCUUCUGCAGGUUUAAGUACACCUUCUGUAGGUUUAACACAGGUUAUAGAAUUGGAUGAUUGACCUGAGAAGCCAGAUAUUACCCUUUCUUGAAAGAUCACUAGCAGUUUUUGUUUUAGGUUUAGGCUUAAGUUUGUUGCUGAAAUUUGUGAAUAGGAAAGCGCUGAUCUCAUUGAGAUGCAUCAAAGUUGUGCAAUCACCGUUGCAAUCUUUUGGUUUCAUCAUCCAGUUUUGUGUAAAAUUCAAAAUGGUAUAUCUAUAUGGGUGAUCAUUGACACAAGGAAAUACUAAUGAUGGCUUAUCUUUCCCAUAUGAUAUAUGAACUCGAUUAUGACA